UCCGGAGGCGCCGGUUCCGGCGGCGUGUGCCCUUCCGCACGUGGGUCCCCGGCGGCGCGCUCUCGGUGCAGACUCCGGGGCGUGCGUGUGCGGGCGGGUGCAGUCAGAGUCCCGCUCCGGCCAGGCAUGAGCCGCUACGUUCUGCCGCUGUCCGUGCUGGGCACGGCCGUGGGCGGCGCCGUGCUGCUCAAGGACUUUGUUGCCGGCGGGGCUUGUCCCAGCAAGGCCACCAUUCCCGGGAAGACUGUCAUUGUGACUGGUGCCAACACGGGCAUCGGGAAGCAGACUGCCUUGGAGCUGGCCAAAAGAGGAGGCAACAUCAUUCUGGCCUGUCGAGACAUGGAGAAGUGCGAAGCGGCGGCCAAGGAGAUUCGAGGGGAGACCCUCAAUCACCGCGUCAACGCCUGGCACCUGGACUUGGCCUCCCUGAAGUCCAUCCGAGAGUUCGCGGCGAAGGUCACUGAAGAGGAGGAGCACAUUCACAUCCUGAUCAACAACGCGGCCGUGAUGCGGUGCCCCCACUGGACCACCGAGGACGGCUUUGAGAUGCAGCUUGGCGUUAACUACCUGGGCCACUUCCUUUUGACGAACUUGCUACUGGACAAGCUGAAAGCCUCUGCCCCUUCGCGCAUCAUCAACGUCUCGUCCUUGGCCCACGUUGCUGGGCACAUAGACUUCGAGGACUUGAACUGGGAGAAGAGGAAGUAUGACACGAAGGCAGCCUACUGCCAGAGCAAGCUGGCCGUCGUCGUCUCCACCAAGGAGCUGAGCCGGCGGCUUCAAGGCACGGGCGUGACUGUCAAUGCCUUGCAUCCCGGCGUGGCCAGGACAGAGCUGGGCAGACACACGGGCAUGCACAGCUCCGCCUUCUCCAGCUUCACGCUCGGGCCCAUCUUCUGGCUGCUGGUCAAGAGCCCCCAGCUGGCGGCCCAGCCCAGCGUCUACCUGGCCGUGGCGGAGGAGUUGGAGGGCGUUUCUGGAAAGUACUUUGAUGUACUCAAAGAGAAGCUUCCGGCCCCAGAAGCUGAGGAUGAGGAAGUAGCCAAGAGGCUUUGGGCUGAAAGUGUCCGUCUGGUGGGCUUGGAGAUGUCCCAUGGAUCCCAUGGGAAGAGGGGACAGCCGCUCCCCAAGUAACUGCUGGGAACAGGCGUGGAAGCCACCAGGGAGGCAGAGCCACCAGGGUGGAGCAGCUACUCGCCAAACCUGGCUGUCGUGCCUGCAGCAUCCACCAGGUGGCAGUAUUGACAAGGGUCCAGCUAGUCAGAGCUAUGGUUUUCUCAGUAGUCAUGUUUGGAUGUGAGAGUUGGACCAUAAAGAAGCCUGAGCACUGAGUCUUUCGAACUGUGAUGCUGAAGACUCUUGAGAGUCAACCGGUCCAUCCUA